GGGAUGGGGACAGGAUGGUCAUGGAGGGACGCGGAUUUGAGAGGGUGGACACGGAGGGGCGCCAAGGGGGUGGCCACAGACACGCGGCACAGAGGGACACGGAUGUGACAGGCUCCCGCUGCGGUGGAAGGACCAUGGGGCUCCCUGCGGCCCUGCUCGUGGUGCUGCUGCUGCUGCACCCCGAGACCGCCCUGUUCGUCUUCUCCCCCUGUUUCCCCUUGCUGCUGGACAUUUAUGAAGAGCUGGACCUGACCAACAGGAGCAGUGGCUGUGCCGAGCUGGACUGGAGCCCGUUCCACCGGCAUCGCCGGCUGCUGCUGAGGCACAACGGCAUCGAGGCCCUGAGCCCCUCGGCCCGCCUCGGGCCCAGGAUGGAGGAGCUGGACCUGGCGGAGAACCGGCUGCGGGAGCUGCCCGAUGGGUUCUUCACCAACGCCACGGCCCUGCGGAACCUGAGCCUGGAGGGGAACCCCCUCCCCGCCGUGCCCUCCGCCGCCUUCCAGCCCACGCUGAGCUCCCUGUCUGUGUCCUGCCGCUGCGACGUGCUGGGCAGCGUCCUGGCCCACUGUGCCCGCCCGGGGAUCCGCUGCCUGUGCUUCACAUCCCACCAGAAUCCCUUCAACGCCACGGAAUUCCACGACCGGGAAUGCGGGCCCGGCGCGGGGCUGGUGGCCGGGGUGGCCGCUGCGGUGGCCGCUGCGGUGGCCGCUGCGGUGGCCGCGCUGGUGGCCGCGGUUUGGUACCGGCGGAGGAGAGCGGGAGCCGCGGUGGGCGGCGUGGGGAGGGGGAAGCAGGAUCCCGCUGGAAACCUCCGGCAGCCCCGUUACAUCAGCCGGGACACCGGGAGCGGCCCCGCCGAUGUCGCCGAUGUCGCCGAUGUCCCCGACUACGAGAACGUCUUCGUGAGUCCCGGCACGGCCCCGGCUGCUGCGCACGGAUGGGCGCCGGCGUGGCAGGAGCCGCGCUACAGCCCGCAGGUCCCGCUGGAUGAGGAUUAUUUCCUGGAGGGCGCGGCCGAUCCCGGGGACCAGCCCAUCUACGCCAACACUCUGGCCCCCACCGAGGACGUCUACAUCAUUCCUGACCAGUGAGGGGCUGGGGGGACACUGGGAGGGCUGGGGGGACCCUCUCUGUCCCCCGCUGCUGCCCUUUCCCAGGCUGUCCCCCAGCCCGGAGGGGACAGGGACAUUCCGCGGGGCCGCGCGUGGUUCCCACACGCGUCCCGUGGGAGCGCCUUUUGCAGGGGGAUGUUUUUGGCAGCCCCAGUCCCCCCACUUCGCCCCAGUUCUCACUCGGAGGUGAGGGCUGAGCUGACAUUUCCUCCCGGGGCUGCGGGGACGCCUCCUGGUGCCGCAUCCGCCGGCAGCUGCCCCCGGGGCCGGGCCACGCACGGGGCACCGGGGCCGGCUGGAGGAGCCGGGGCUGACCACGGCCUUGGCUUCCUCUUCCCCUUUUGGGGCCCACGGGGAGCGUGGGGUGCGCGCUCGCCCGGGGACGCGCUGGCGGUUGGGGACAUCCGGUGCCACCUGCUCGAUCUUUCCUGCUAAAUCGGCCACUUCGGGGAACGAAGAAAAAGCUCCUUUUUUUAAUCCUCCGGGUGGCACCCCGAGCUGUUGUGUUGCAUGGGGACCUAGGGAUCCCAUGGCUUGUCUGGGUGUCCCCUCAGUCCCUGGGAGGCUUCAGUGUGCCCCAUUAAAUGGUUUAAUUAUCUCUAA